CAGCUUAGAUGAUCUACUCAGCAACCACUCCAAGUUCUUCAGGAACCUUUGUGCCCGUGUGCGGAGUAAAGGAAAGUGACUGGUAGUCGCUGCAUCUUUGUUGCCUAGUUUCGCGGGGGAAAAGGGUGUGUACAAGAUUUCCGUACACCCCCGCCGUGAGCGUCCGUGUCCGCUGCUCCGUUCACUGACUACCGCUACAGAGAAAUAGCUUCUUUUCUGGCGAGAAGGCGUCCUAGGAGGCAGGAAAGGUCUGGGGUGAGGAAAAUGGCUCUCCUGUUUGCAGUCGCAGUUUGCUUGUGCGCAACGCCGAUGGCUAGCAGCCAGGAAUUUCCAUUCAGGAACACAUCUCUGCCUUUCGACGAACGUGUCAAAGACCUGGUAGGGAGACUAACACUGGAGGAGAUGGUUGCUCAAAUGUCCCAUGGGGGAGCUAAUAACAACGGUCCUGCCCCAGCCAUACCAGAGCUGGGCAUAAAUCCAUACCAGUGGGGGACUGAGUGCAUCAGUGGGGAUGUGGAUGCUGGGCCUGCUACUUCCUUCCCUGAGUCCAUUGGUCUGGCAGCUGCAUUCGAUUAUCAGUUGCUGUAUACAUUUGCCCGAGCAGUUAGUAAUGAAGUCAGAGCCAAGAACAACAACUAUACAGCACACGGUGACUAUAGCUUCCACACUGGGCUCAGCUGUUGGAGUCCAGUCAUCAAUAUUCUGAGAGAUCCAAGAUGGGGUCGGAAUCAGGAGACAUAUGGAGAGGAUCCCUGGCUGUCAGGAUACCUGGGCCGGGCAUACGUCACUGGCCUACAGGGAAAUAACUCUCGGUAUGUGGAGGCCAAUGCUGGGUGCAAGCAUUUUGAUGUCCACGGAGGACCGGAAAACAUUCCUGUCUCUCGUUUCUCAUUUAAUGCCAACGUGACCACCAGGGACUGGCGUAUGACAUUCCUCCCUCAGUUCAGGGCUUGUAUUGAGGCUGGAGCCUGGAGUGUAAUGUGCAGCUAUAAUAGCAUCAAUGGGGUCCCUGCUUGUGCUAACAAGGAGCUACUCACAGAUAUCCUGAGAAAUGAGUGGGGAUUCAAAGGCUAUGUUGUCAGUGACCAAGGAGCUAUCGAGAACAUAAUGAGUGCUCACCACUACACAAACUCGACAGUGGCCACAGCAGAAGUGGCUGUGAAUGCUGGGACUUGUCUGGAAGAUGCAAACGAAGAAGACAAUGUGUUUGCCAGCAUAGGGCAAGCUGUCUCUGAGGGUCUAAUUACUGAUGCUACUGUGAUCGAUGCAGUCAGCAGACUGUUUCUGGUGCGCAUGAGACUCGGAGAGUUUGACCCUCCUGAAAUGAACCCUUACACAAAGUUAAAAGUAGAGGACUAUGUUCAGAGUGAGGCACAUCGGCAACUAUCACUGGAAGCUGCCAUGGCGAGUGCAGUGUUGAUGAAGAAUGAUAUGACAAUGGGGAUGACCCUGCCAAUAACUACCCCUGUCAAUUCUGCCUGUGUUGUGGGGCCAUUCAUAAAUGACCCGUCUUUAUACUUUGGGGACUAUUCUCCAACACUAAUGCCAGAGUACAUUGUCACCGUUCAAGAUGGUUUACAGGAUGCCAUGAUAUCCAAAGCCCUGAGCUAUGCGGAAGGCUGUACAGAUGGACCCAAGUGCAAUUCCUACGACUCCUCAGUUGUCAAAGCCUGUAGUGAUGUUGAACUGGCUAUUGUUACCCUUGGAACAGGGAAAGUACUGGAGAGUGAGGGAAACGACAGGGCUGAUAUAAACCUUCCAGGACAGCAACUAAAACUGCUGCAAGAUGCUGCCAACUCUGCAAAAGGUCCUGUAGUACUAGUUCUGUACAAUGCUGGUCCACUCGACGUGUCCUGGGCCAAGAGCAGUGACCUGUCAUGGCUAUAGUGGAGCAGUUCUUCCCAGCUCAAACGGCAGGGGUUGCCCUCUCAAACGUCCUUAAUGGGACUUACAAUCCUUCAGGUCGUCUACCCAAUACUUGGCCUGCAAGUUUAGAUCAGGUUAUUAUGAGAAUGUUUGUUACUUUGGUAAUUUUCAUCCUUCUACAAUUGUGUAGGUCCCUCCUAUCACUAACUACACGAUGAAGAACAGAACUUACCGUUACUUUGAGGGAGUUCCACUCUACCCUUUUGGCUAUGGCCUUUCCUAUACCUCAUUCAUGUACUCUGACCUGGUCGUGACACCUUCAGAGGUGAAGGCUGGGGAUAAUGUAACAGUGAAAGUUACGGUUGAAAAUGUGGGCAAGCUGGAUGGUUAUGAGGUAACUCAGGUGUAUUUGUCUUGGACCAGUCCGAACGUUGCAGGCAUUGCUCCCAUCCGACAACUGGUUGGGGCGCAGAGAAACUUCAUUAAAUCCCAGCAGUCACUCCCAUUGGUGUUCACAGUGACUGCCAGAGAGAUGCAGCUGUGGACCACUCAGUGGGAGGUCCUACCUGGAGCCAUGGAUGUGUAUGCUGGAGGGCAGCAGCCCAACCAGGUCACCAAAGUACCCUCCAAUGUCCUGAUGUCCUCCUUUCAAGUCACAACUUAGAGAACAUUAAUAAAUAGGGGAGUGUUGUGUAUACUUUAUUGUGAGAUAUUAUGCAAAAUUGAUCUAUAUUAUACCACACAAUG